UUUCAGGCUGACAUCAGCUGGUUGGUGAACGGCGUGCAGCAGGAGACUAUUAAGCAGCCCCUGGGUUUUAUUCCAAUCAUGGUGAAAUCCAAGUUGUGCAACCUCUAUAACCUUUCUCCACAAGAGCUCAUACAGCACCACGAGGAGGAAGAGGAAAUGGGAGGCUACUUUAUAGUUAACGGCUUAGAAAAAGUCAUUAGGAUGCUGAUUAUGCCCAGGCGAAAUUUCCCCCUUGCAAUGACAAGACACAAAUGGAAAACCAGAGGCCCUGGCUUCACAGAGUAUGGAGUCAUGAUGCACUGUGUGAAGGAUGAGCACACUGCGAUAAAUAUGAACCUUCACUACUUGGAAAAUGGUUGUGUCAUGCUGAACUUCAUUUUUCAGAAAGAGUUGUUCUUCAUUCCCUUGGGAUUUGCUCUGAAGGCAUUGGUUAAUUUCUCAGACUACCAGAUUUUUGAAGAGUUGGUUAAAGGAAAAGAAGGGGACACCUUUUAUGUGAACUGCAUUACUGAGAUGAUGAGAGCGGUAGUGGAUGCAGGAUGUUUUACACAGCAAAAUGUCCUCGAAUACCUGGGAAAGAGCUUCAGAAUAAAACUGAACCUUCCUGAGUGGUACAGCAACGAGCAGGCUGCAGAUUUCCUUUUGAACAAGUGUAUCUGCAUACACCUGACAAGCAGAACUGAGAAGUUCUACCUGCUCUGUAUGAUGACCCGCAAGCUGCAUGCUUUUGCCAAAGGGGAGUGCAUGGAGGAUAACCCAGACAGUCUGAUGAAUCAAGAGGUGCUUACCCCAGGACAGCUUUUCCUUAUGUUCCUAAAGGAGAGGCUUGAAAGCUGGUUGCAGUCUGUUAAGUUCGUUUUGGAGAAAAGAAGAGAAAAGGCAGAUAUCGUCAUAAAUGCAGACAGCUUGGUGAAGGCAUUCAGCCUGGUGACAGACUUCACCAAGCCAUUUGAAUAUCUUCUUGCAACGGGUAACCUGCGAUCUAAAACCGGCCUGGGCCUGUUGCAGGACAGCGGUCUGUGUGUGGUGGGAGACAAGCUGAAUUUCAUUCGCUACCUUUCCCACUUCCGCUGCAUACACAGAGGAGCAGCGUUUUCCCAGAUGAGAACCACGACUGUCCGCAAGCUGCUGCCUGAGUCCUGGGGCUUCCUCUGCCCGGUGGACACCCCGGAUGGAGAACCCUGCGGUCUGAUGAACCACAUGACGGCUGUGUGUGAAAUAGUGACGGAGAUGGUGCCCGUGACAGACAUCCCACCUUUAUUAUGCUCCCUGG